AUGACCGAUUUUAGACCUAUUGCUCUUUGCAACGUACUGUAUAAAUUAGCUUCUAAAGCAAUUGUCUUGCGCCUGAAAAAUAUUCUCCCGGGUGUAAUUUCGGAAAAUCAGAGUGCCUUUGUGCCGGGUAGACUUAUUACAGACAAUGCGUUAGUAGCUUUGGAACUUUUUCAUACUAUGAAAACGAGAUGUAAAGGUAGAAAGGGUCUGAUUUCUUUGAAGCUGGAUAUGAGUAAGGCCUAUGACAGAGUGGAGUGGAAUUUUCUUGAGAAACUUCUGCAAAAAAUGGGUUUUGCUGAGGCUUGGAUCAGAAUUGUGAUGGACUUUGUCACUUCGGUCUCGUAUUCAUUUAUUGUCAAUGGUGGGGUGUGUGGUUCUGUGACUCCUUCCCGCGGUCUUCGACAGGGGGAUCCCCUAUCCCCGUAUCUAUUUAUUCUUGUUGCUGAUGCUUUUUCUGGUCUUUUGCGGAAAGCUAUGGUUGAUGGCUCGAUUCAUGGAGCUAGAGCUACUUCCGGACAGAAAAUUAACUAUGAAAAAUCGGAGAUCUCUUUUAGAAAAGGUGUCAGUACGUCAUUGCAGGAGGAGUUGAUUGAAAUUUUGGCAAUGAGACGAGUAGAUACUCACGGGAAAUAUCUUGGUAUUCCCACCAUUAUUGGAAGAUCUAAAAGGACGGUAUUCAUGGCUCUCAAGGACAAGAUUUGGAAGAAAUUAAAUGGGUGGAAAGAAAAGCUUCUUUCUCGAGCAGGGAAGGAAAUCCUCUUAAAAUCUGGUAGCUCUAAUGAAGAACGUAAGGUUCACUGGAAGAAAUGGGAUGAUCUCUGCACUCCAAAAUGUCUAGGUGGAUUGGGUUUCAGGGACUUGCGAAUUUUCAACGAGGCACUCCUUGGAAGACAGGCUUGGAGACUCACUAAAUUUCCUAACUCUCUUCUAAGCAAGGUUGUGGGCGCUAAAUAUUACACAAAUUGCAGCUUUCUGGAAUCUCACUUGGGAUAUGCUGGCAGCUACUCAUGGAAAAGUAUUUGGUCCUCAAAAGCUUUGCUUAAGGAGGGUCUUCUCUGGCGAGUUGGUGAUGGCUCUACAAUCAAUAUUUGGUCUGACCCGUGGAUUGACAGUGGCUCCAGUAGAUUCAUUUCUUCCCCAAAAAUAGGCUCGAUUGAGAUGGUUGCAGAUUUGAUCGAUCACGAGAGUAGAGAAUGGAAGGAGAAUAUUAUUUCUGAAAAUUUUAAUGCAAUAGAUGCUCGCAGCAUCUUAGCUAUCCCCUUGUGUUCAAGCUCUCCGCAAGAUUCAAUCUGCUGGGCAUUCUCCAUGGAUGGUACAUACUCGGUUAAAACGGCAUAUAUGUUAGGAAAAUCGUGUAACUUGGACGAUUUUCACAGAACUUGGGUUGACAUUUGGAAGCUUGAUGUCACACCUAAAGUACGCCAUUUCCUCUGGAGAAUCUGCACAGCCUGGCCGAGUGAUUUGAGCUUCCUCGAAUUGUUUGAGGGAUGGAAUAAGCAAAGCUCACGCAAGCAAUGUAAGGGGGCCAUCCUUAUGUGGAACCUUUGGAGAAGACGCAAUGAGAAGAUCUUCCAGGGGUCCGAAUCUUUCCUUCCUGUUCUUGUUGACAGAGUUCAGAGACUUGCAAAUGAAUGCAUUUCAGCCUCGGAAAGGAUUUAUGGGGUAGCCAGAGUAAAGCAACGGAGCAGCCCAAAGACUUGGCAAGCGCCUCCUGAUGGUGUUAUCAAACUUAAUUGCGACGCGUCUCUGUGCACGGAAGGCUGGGUUGGGCUAGGAGUGGUUGCUCGAAACAGCAGUGGUGAGGUCCUGUUGGCUGCGUGCAGAAGGUCCAGAGCUUUUUGGCCUCCAAUUAUAGCUGAAUGCAAGGCUGUCUUGAUGGCUGUUAGGCUGGCGAAGCGCUAUGAGUUCAAAGAUAUUGUGAUUGAAUCUGAUAGCCAAGUCUUGGUUGGAAGGUUAAACAAAGGCUCCAUUUUUCUCACCGAUCUUGAUGGCUUACUUGAAGAUGUGUUUAAUUUUUGUAAUUCCUUUAAUUCUACUUCUUGGAGUCAUAUUAAAAGGGAGGGCAAUAGUGUAGCUCAUCACUUAGCCCGUAUUGUGCCUUUUGGUUGUGAACAAAUUUGGGAGCACCAUAGCCCUUGUGAGGUUUCCCCGUAUGUACUUAUGGACAAUCUAUCAAUCUAA